CUCUACAUAUCCUCCUCCGACUUCCCUCCACUUCCAGUCCAGCUGGACUGGAUUCUCCAAGCCAAUUAAUAUUUAACUGUGGUUCACUGAAUCAAUUGCUUAAAUAAUAUCAAUCAGAUUCCAAAAUGAAACAAAAUGGAAAAGAGAAAGGCAAGAAGAAGAUUGUCUUCCGGUGUGAUAUUUGCCAUGAAGAUAUUCCUCGUGACGUUAAACAGAAGCACAUCCGCGCCCACUUUGCCAUAAACCGCCGUCCACGCAAGUGCAAAUUGUGUGAUAAAACUUUCGCAUGCCCAGUCACGUUGGAAAUUCAUUUGAGAAGUCACACGAAAGAAAUGUUGUACAGUUGCGACACUUGUGGAAAGGAGUUUGGUCAGAAAAGCAAUUGGAAGACGCAUCAAAAGAAGGUCCACCACGUCCCGGCUGAUAUGAUUCAGUGUGGAACCUGUUACACUAAAGUGAAGAAAUCCACCGGACUUGAACGCCACGCAAUUUUUUGCGGGAAGGAAUCAGACUACUAUUCGGUGAAGGAAGUUCUAAAUCCUGACAAAAAUCCGAACGCAAGGAAGAAAACUGACACGAUUUGGCGAUGUAAACUGUGUCCGGAUAAACCAAAGAGGAGAAAGGAGUACGUAGAGGAACACGUGAUUCGAAUCCAUCUUAAGGUGAAGCUGUACUCUUGCUACUUUUGCGGCACGAAAUUCGUUCAUCGAACAGAACUUCAAAUGCAUUUGAGGUUGCAUACGGGCGAAAAACCCUUCACGUGCAAAACCUGUGGGAAGGGAUUUACCCAGUCGACACAUUACCAAGCCCAUCUGGUGUCACAUUCUGAGGAGAGAUCUUUUAAGUGCGCCCUCUGCCCGAAAACUUGCAAGACGCUUUCUGCCCUGAAGAUCCACGCUGCUCUCCACACGCAGGAGAAGCAUUUCAAGUGUACCGUACAAGACUGCGGGAAAGGCUUCCACUGCUCCAGAUCGCUCGCCCAACACAUCGAUCGCGACCACUUGAAACGUUUCCCUUUCUCGUGUGAGGUGAAGGGAUGUCGAAAAGUUUGCUUGACUCGACAAGAAGUAAAAAUGCACCACAUUCACUCUCACACUGAUGAGAAACCCUUCCUGUGCACCCUCUGUAAUGUGGGUUAUAAAACGAAUGGAAAAUUGUUGGAACAUCGGAGGAAAAAUCAACGUCAUAAAAAACUGGAGGAAGCAAAUUCUACACUGUAGAUAUCCCGGGAACAGUGGAAUUUCCUGGUAACGAGUUUAGGUAUGUUCCUAUGCAUACCUGUUCACUUUCGUUUAUGUGACUGAUUAUGAUAGAGAAUGAAAAUGAAUUUCCUGUGAUUUGAUUGAAAAUGAGUGAAAGAUUCAGGAGCUUCAGAUGAGUCAAUGUGAAUGGAAGGAUUUCUCACUUAAUAUGUUGAGCACUCUUAUAAAUUAAAAAAAAA